AUGAAAUUUGAUGGGUCUUCUAUUACCCAUUUCGGAGGGGUGAGAGUAGUUUUGUAUCAUGAAGAAGACAAGGUAGUGGCGCUGUCAUUUAAGCUAGAAUUCCCCUGUUCAAACAACACGACCGAGUACGAAGCCUACCUAAUCGGGCUUGCCACAGCUCUCGAAAUGGGAGUCAAACAUUUGAGAGUAUUGAGAGAUUCGAACUUGGUUGUCUGCCAGGCCAUGGGAAGCUUUUCCUUAAAGGAGCCUAGCCUAGCCCUGUACAGAGCUAUGGCCCAGAGAAUGGAAGAAAAAUUUUCAACCUUUGAAAUAGAGCAUGCUUCGAGAAAUGAAAACCGGUUUGCGAACGCAUUAGCCGCACUGGGUUCGCAAAUAAUUUUCAAAAGGAGUAGCACCAGGAUAGAAGUCAGCAAGAGGGAAGAAUCCAUCAUUGAGGUGUUGAAGGAAAAGUUCCGGGAGGAACAGGGCAAAGGGGAUUGGCGGAUCCCUAUAAAGGAAAUCUUGAUAAAAGGAGACGAUGCAGCAGAAUUAAAGAUAUUAAAAGACUACGCCUUGGUAAAAGAAGAGUUGUAUCGCAGAUUGCUAGGUGGGGUCUUAUCCAGAUGCAUGGGGUAG